CUUGAUGCCAAUCAAAGACGAAACAUUCGCGGCAUGGCUGCGCAGUUAAGAGCUGCUGCGAAUCAUUUCCAGUUUAGACGAAAUCAACCCAUCCUAGCUAUAGAACGGGGAAUCCUGCAGAACGAAGAUUUGAAUCAUGAAGAAAGAGCUGCAGUAGAUGCAAUGCAUACUGCACAAGACGAUGCAUCGGUAUUUACUAUUGCUGGUUUUAUAAAUAGAUGUCUAACGUCUAAAACGUUAAAAGCUGCCCUGCGUUAUUUAAGUUACAGUGCUUCUUCAAAAAACCAGGAAUUAGCAAUUGCUUGUGAAUUAGCAAGUAUUUUAUUGCCAAAAAUAUGUGCCGUUCCUUCAUGUCAUGCGCUUUUGAAUGUAAUUGAAGAAUUUAUUGAAGAUCGAUUAGGAGCAAACUGGUAUAUGAGUAUUCAAGUUUAA